AUGAGGCUCCUACAUCGCGAGGAGCUUUCGUUGCAGCACCGCUGCGUCUCGAUGGUUUUGGUAGAAAUCAUACCAGGACCUGUAAAGGAGAAUUUGUUACAGAGGGUUGCAUUUGCUUGCUUGACUAUAAGCUAUAUGAGGACAUCGUAUAGCGAUUUUCAGUCACCUGAUAAACUUAGAUUUGAGUCGGGAAACCGACUAACAGCAAUUUGCGCGUUGACGCCCAAUAAUUCUAGUUUAAGUACGAGCAGAAUUCCUGAUACCCGUUUUUACAAGGUUUUGUUUGGAGCAUCUGUAGCCGCUCGGGAAGUAGAAGAGAAAGAUCAUUGUCAUGGGUCGUGUGAUCAUGAUCACUCCCAUCCACAUUCCCAUUCUCACUCCCACUCUCAUUCUCAUUCCCACUCCCAUUCCCAUUCUCACUCUCAUUUGGAGCCCCACGAAGAACACCACACACAUUCGCACUGUUGUAAACAUAAUCACGGACAUUCGACCACCUUGAAUGCUGUACAGAGGUUGAUAAAGAGGGCAGCAGAAGUGCUUGGAAUCGCUGGAUUAGCGAAGGCAUGGGGAGACAACAUCACUGUUGUUUGUGCUUCAACAGCUCUUUUGUUGCUGGAAGCUAUUGCUCCGUUGGUUUUUCCCCAGGCUGCCUCCUACCAAAAUCUUCUUGUAUAUUCCGCUAUUCCACUUAUAGGGGUGCCAGCUUUGUUAGAUGCUAUUAUUGAUGUAGCAGGAGGGAAUGUCAAUAUCCAUGUCCUUAUAGCGUUCGCAGCUUUGGCAUCAGUAUUCAUGGGAAAUGCCUUGGAAGGCGGUCUUCUUCUUGCAAUGUUUAGCUUGUCUCACCAAGCGGAGCACUAUUUCACAGAGGAGGCAAUGGGUGAUGUUAAGACACUGAAAGACAGAAAUCCAGAGUCUGCUCUGGUUUUGGAUGAAUUUGAUCAGAGUAAACCUCCUCCUCUUUCAUCAGUCCCUUCCAAAGAGGUGGCUGUGAAAGAUGUUGCUGUAGGUUCCUAUGUGUUGGUUAAAGCUGGUGAGGUAGUCCCAGUGGAUGGAGAUGUGUAUGAUGGAAAGGCAACUGUGACAGUAGAUCAUCUAACAGGAGAGGCCACUCCCAUUGAGAAGCAAGCAGGUGAUUUCAUUCCCGGUGGUGCCCGCAACUUGGAUGGAAUCAUGAUUGUUAAGACAACAAAGGUGUGGUCGGAGUCAACAGUGGCUCGAAUAAUGGAAUUGACGAGGGAGGUACAAUCAAGUAGGCCAAAGCUGGAGCGGUGGCUUGAUGAAUUUACUGAAGUAUACAGUCAAUUGGUGGUCGUCAUGUCUGUGGCCGUUGCUCUGCUUGGACCUCUUUUAUUCAAGUGGCCUUUUAUGAGCUCUCAAGGUGUUCGAGGUUCUCUUUAUCGGGCGUUAGGCCUGAUGGUAUCUGCUUCACCCUGUGCUUUAGCAGUCGCCCCUCUUGCAUAUGCGACUGUCGUUAGCGCCUGCGCUAAUAAGGGUAUUCUUUUGAAAGGAGGAGAGGUGUUUGACGCAUUAUCAGCAUGUAAUACCGUAGCAUUUGACAAAACUGGAACCCUUACUACUGGAGAACUUCGAUGCAAGGCAAUAGAGCCGCUGCAUGGUCAUCACUUGUCAUCAGAUACAUGUUGUACCCCCUCUUGUGAAGGAGAAGCACUAGCAAUUGCAGCUGCAAUGGAGAGAGGGGCUACGCAUCCCAUUGCACGGGCUGUCGUAGAGCAUUCUCAAGGAAAGAGCCUUCCAGGAGUUGAGGUUGACGACUUCGAAUCUAUUCCUGGGCAAGGACUAGCAGCUGUUGUGAGCACAGAGGUGGGAGUGAAGGCAAGUCAGAAGGCACGCUUGGGCUCCGUGGAAUAUGUGGCAUCUUCACAAUCAAGCUCUUGGGAGGCUGCAAAGAUAAGGGAAGCUGCUGGCAACUCUGUGUACAGUAAGGAGCUGGUCCAGGCUGCGCUCUCUGUGGAUAGAAAGAUUACUCUGUUUCAUUUUGAGGAUGAAUUGAGGAAGAAUGCAGCUGCUGUAGUGAACUGUUUGAAGCGUCAGUGUGGUCUACGCGUAUUAAUGUUGACUGGAGAUAAUGCAACGGCCGCAGAAAGAGUGGUAAAUCUAGUGGAAAUUGAUGAGUUUCAUGCGGGAGUGAAGCCAGAAGACAAGCUUUCUCGAGUGAAGCGUUUGACACAGGAAAAAGGCGGGGGUCUCGUUAUGGUUGGAGACGGAAUCAAUGAUGAUCCCGCGUUAGCGGCUGCAACAGUUGAUAUUGUGCUCGCAAAAAACGCAAGUGCAACAGCCGUGCAAGUGGCGGAUGUACUUCUGCUACAGCACGCAAUUGAUGGCGUACCCUUCGUCAUCGCCAAAGCCCAUCAAACGACUUCUUUGAUUAAGCAAAGCGUUGCCCUUGCACUACUUUCUAUAUUCCUGGCUGGUCUGCCCUCUGUUUUAGGAGUAUUACCUCUUUGGCUUACGGUACUGUUGCAUGAAGGCGGCACAUUACUUGUAUGUGCGAAUUCUGUGAGAGCAUUGAAGAAUCCUUCAUCCUCGCUAAAUCCCUGGAAACCGCUGAAAGGACUCUCGUCGUUGACAACAUACUUCAAAGAAAGCAAAUCUUCUAUACCGAAUAUCCAAUCUGCCGGACAGAUUCCCACUUAAUGUAUUGGCGAUUCUGGGAUUCUACUGAUUAGAUCGUAUGUUAAUCUUAGACUCACGGCAGGUAAUAUAAUGUUGAUAGUGUCCAACUCCUGUAAUGCUACUGUAGAUUAUUAUCGUUGCAUUUUUGUGCUAUUGUUUUCAUCAAAUCAGGCCUGUAGCUGUCCACGAGACUUGGGGUUAUAAACUGCUCACUUUGUGAAGAUUGCACGGAAUUUACUUGCGUGGGUUGAGGCUCCAAGCCUUUAAACUUCACCAUUGCAAUUGUAAAAUAAGGCUUAUGUGUCUUAAAGGCUUGGAAA